CACCUCUCCAUGGCUUCACAAUAUGAAUUCCUUUGUGUGUGGUUUGCGUUUAUCUCUAUCUCCCACCUUAUGACUGCAGUAGAAUCCGAUACUUACAUUGUCCACAUGGACAAAUCAGCCAUGCCCAAAGCCUUUUCUGGCCAACAUAAUUGGUACUUAGCCAUCCUAAAUUCUUUGUCGGGCUUUAGUGCAAGUCUUUCACCAGAAGAGCUUGAGGCCUUGAAAAACACUCCAGGGUAUGUUUCUUCUAUUAGGGACUCACCUGUUAAGCUUGAUACCACUCAUUCAUCCCAGUUUCUUGGCUUGAAUUACAACUCCGGUGCUUGGCCGGUGUCUAGCUUUGGCAAAGAUGUCAUCAUUGGGGUGGUUGAUACCGGUGUUUGGCCAGAAAGUGAAAGCUUUAAUGAUGAUGGAAUGACUGAAAUUCCAUCCAGGUGGAAAGGGGAAUGUGAGAGUGGCACCCAAUUCAACUCCUCAUCGUGCAACAAGAAGCUCAUCGGAGCUAGGUUCUUCAACAAAGGCCUAAUUGCCAACAAUCCAAAUCUCACAAUCCAAAUGAACUCUCCACGUGACACCGACGGACAUGGGACACAUACUUCCUCAACGGCCGCUGGAAAUUAUGUACGGAAUGCAUCAUACUUUGGCUAUGCCACUGGAACUGCCUCAGGAAUGGCCCCGAAAGCUCGGGUGGCCAUCUAUAAAGCUAUCUGGGAUGAAGGCAAUUCUGCAUCUGAUUUAAUUGCUGCAAUCGAUCAAGCAAUCAUCGACGGUGUUGACGUGCUUUCCUUGUCCUUGGGACAGGACCAUCUCGAAUUGUACAAUGACCCAAUAGCAAUAGCCACAUUUGCAGCCGUAGAGAAGAACAUUUUCGUCUCUACAUCGGCCGGAAACCAUGGGCCACGCUUUGGGAUCCUACACAACGGGAACCCUUGGGUUCUAACUGUCGCCGCAGGUACCAUGGAUCGAGAAUUGGGUGCUGUUUUAACUCUUGGAAAUAAAGUUUCUGUCUGGGGAUGGAGUCAGUAUCCUGGAAAUUUUACGUCUUCGACCCAACUUCCAAUCGUUUUCAUGGAUAAAUGUGAUGAUCGAACUGAAUGGAAUAAACUCCGUAAAAAGAUUGUCGUUUGUGAGGACAAAAACAACUUAAUCGGUGCUCAAAUCUUCAACAUGUUGGAUGCCAAUGUUACUGGAGGGGUCUUGAUAUCCAACAGCUCUGAUGCAGACGUAUGGUAUCAGAGCCCAUUUCCAGCCAUUUUCUUGACGCCAAAAGACGGUGAAACCGUCAAAGACUACAUUAAGAGGAAUGCCAAGCCGAGCGCAACCAUGGAAUUUCAAAAGACCUCCUUGGGGACUAAACCAGCCCCCAUUGUGGCUAUGUACAGCUCUAGAGGACCAUUCUUGGGCUGCCCAUAUGUCCUGAAACCUGACAUUAUGGCUCCUGGAACUUUUGUCCUGGCAUCCUGGCCUGAAAUUAUUCAUUCGGCGCGAUUGAGGUCGAAUGUUCUGUAUGGGAAAUUCAAUAUACUUUCUGGUACGUCCAUGGCAUGUCCACAUGCAGCUGGUGUGGCAGCACUGCUGAAGGGGGCGCACCCAGAAUGGAGUCCAGCAGCAAUCCGAUCAGCCAUGAUGACCACAUCCGAUUCAAUAGAUAACACUGGUCGUUCAAUCAAAGAUAUUGGUAACAAUUACCUUACUGCCUCGCCUCUAGCCAUGGGUACAGGGCACAUUAAUCCAAAUAAGGCUCUAGACCCUGGUCUCAUUUAUGAUGCUACCAUUGAGGAUUAUGUCAAUCUUCUCUGCGCAUUGAAUUUCACAUCCAACCAAAUCCAAACCAUCACAAAGUCAUCUUCCAACAAUUGCUCCUCACCGUCAUUGGAUCUCAAUUACCCUUCCUUCAUCGCCUUCUUCAAUACCAAUGACUCAAAAUCAAAUUCAAAAACCGUGAAGGAAUUUCAAAGAACGGUAACUAACGUUGGGAUUGGGAUGUCUACUUAUACAGCAACAUUGACACCAAUGGAAGGAUUUAAGGUCAGCAUCACACCUGAAAAAUUGAUUUUCAAAGAGAAGAAUGAGAAGCAGAGUUACAAGGUCACUAUAGAAGGCCCAAGAAAGAUGGAAGAUUCAGUUGUUUUUGGUUAUCUCAGUUGGGUUGAAGCUGGAGGCAAACACGUGGUCAGGAGUCCCAUUGUGGCCACGAGCAUGAAACUUGAUAAGUAGUGAUUGUAUUUUUCUAUUUGAAUAAAAUUAGCUUUAGUACAUUUAAAUCCUCAAUAAAUUUAGCAGAGCAGGCAAUUCAGCUUUGCUAGUUUUAGAUACUGGAUAGGGUCUUUCUGUGUGAUGUGGUCGAGACACCUUAGCCGUUGUUGCAAAACCUGGGUUUUUUCAUAUUUUUUCAAAGGAAUUGAAAUAAUGAGAAAGUAAAAUUAGGUUGUUUUU